UCUAGACGUAACCCAAAAACAAAGGUCACCUGCAAUUCUCGUUUGCCUUGGCUAUAUCCCCUCCUAAAAUCUCCUCUCUCAAUCUUCUCUAAAAAUCUCAAAUUUUCUACUUUGGGUUUAUACGAUUUUUUAUAUAAUGGUAGCUUCAGCUGUUUCAUCUUCUUUGAGUCUAUCACUCUAUUCUCGAACCAGACCCACUUCCAUUUCGUCCCCUUCUUCGAGAAGCUCAACUAGGUUGAUAAUCUCCGCAUUGCCAACCCCAUAUGGCGACUCCUCUACAAUGGGGUUAUCUAGUAGAGUUUCUGGGCUACCUUUGAAGAUCGACAAGAAGGGUUUCGGUGACUCUGAUUUAAGCUAUGGUGCAAUAGAAGCCAAAAAGGGUAACCCACCUGUAAUGCCGGCAGUAAUGACACCAGGAGGACCGUUGGACCUUUCAACGGUGUUAUUCAGGAAUCGUAUCAUAUUCAUCGGGCAACCAGUCAAUUCACAGGUUGCUCAAAGAGUUAUAACACAGCUUGUGACCCUGGCAGCCAUUGAUGAGAAUGCAGAUAUUCUGGUGUAUUUGAACUGCCCCGGUGGAAGUACAUAUUCUGUCUUGGCAAUUUAUGAUUGCAUGUCUUGGAUAAAGCCAAAGGUUGGCACUGUUUGUUUCGGAGUAGCUGCAAGCCAGGGAGCACUUCUUCUUGCUGGUGGAGAGAAGGGAAUGCGUUAUGCAAUGCCAAAUGCACGUAUUAUGAUACACCAACCGCAAAGUGGAUGUGGGGGGCAUGUUGAAGAUGUCAGACGUCAAGUAAAUGAAGCCGUUCAAUCUCGUCAUAAAAUUGACAAAAUGUACGCGGCUUUCACCAGCCAACCUCUUGAAAAAGUGCAACAAUAUACUGAAAGGGACCGCUUCUUAUCUGUUUCCGAGGCUAUGGAAUUUGGGCUCAUAGAUGGUGUCUUGGAAACAGAAUAUUGAAACUCGAAUUCAAUAUUUCGAUUUUACAAGGUCCCCUCCUUGCAAUGCUGCAAUUCAUUGCCAACCUUGAAUUCCAGCACUUAACUUUCAUAGUUAUAUAAAUUUAUAUUGGCAAAUUGUAAUCAUGUUGUGAAUUGGUGUUUAUAAAUUUACAUGCUAAUUAUUUGAAAUUAUGAUUCUGUAUGUCUAAAAGAACUACUAUGAUAACAGAAUCAAAUUUAGACAGUAAAGGAUUUUGAUAAAUUUUGGGAUAAUGUAAAAUUUAGUCUUAAACUUUUAUAUCUUUUAUGAA